AUGCGUUUCUCGGAGCUGUCUUUGUCGCUCUGUGCAUUGUUGGUGGCAGGUCCCUCCAGCGUAGCAUCCUUCUAUCUUCCAGGAGUCGCCCCAACGAACUAUCAACUCGGCGAUCGAGUACCGCUUACAGUCAACCGUCUCACGCCCUCGCAAUCCGAACAAGACACCCAAGUCCGAUCUGUCUUCGCCUUUGACUAUUACCACCAUGCCUUCCACCACUGUGAGCCCGAAGGCGGCCCUAAGCAAAAGAGCGAGAGUUUGGGAAGCAUCCUGUUCGGAGACCGAAUCCAGACUUCACCACUAGAACUACACAUGGGCAAGAACGAGUCUUGCAAGGCUGUAUGCGGCAAGCAGACCUUCCAGCCUCGCGAUGCCAAGUUUGUCAAUGCCCGUAUCUUGCAGAACUACAAUGUCAACUGGAACAUCGACGGCCUGCCUGCUGCUCAGAAGAUGAUUGAUGCCAACGAAGCCAUCUUCUACAGUCCUGGUUUCGCUCUGGGUCAGGUUCAUGGCACCGACACCCAGACUCCUGUCCUCAACAACCACUACAACAUCUUUGUCGAGUACCAUCAGGCCUCUCAGGAUCACUACCGUGUCGUAGGCGUCUUGGUCGAGCCGGCAUCUUCCAUCGACUCUAAGCUACUUGAUGAUGGCAAGGUUGAGUGUGGUGAUAUCGCUCACCCCGUCAUACUGUCCGAGAAGGAUGCUACCGAGAUUGUAUGGACUUACAGCGUCUACUGGGUACCCUCUCCUACCUCAUUCGCCACUCGCUGGGACAAGUACCUCCACGUCUAUGAUCCACGUAUCCACUGGGUCUCGCUGACCAUCUCCGCCCUCAUCGUCGUUGCUCUUGUCGGCAUGGUAUCAACCAUUCUUAUCCGAACACUGCGCAAGGAUAUUGCCCGUUAUAACCGCCUUGAUGACUUGGGUCUUGAUGACUUUGGUGGUACAAGCUUGGAUGACACGGUGCAGGAAGAUUCAGGUUGGAAGCUUGUGCACGGUGAUGUCUUCCGUCCACCGAGAUAUCCUAUGGUCUUGUCGAUUCUGGUCGGUAACGGCGCCCAGCUCUUCAUGAUGACCGGUUUUACCAUUGCCUUUGCUCUACUCGGCUUCUUGUCUCCCUCCAAUCGUGGGUCCUUGACCACCGUUAUGGUCAUGCUGUACACCUUCUUUGGCGCCGUGGGAGGCUAUAUCUCGGCACGUGUCUACAAGUUCUUCCACGGCGAAUCCUGGAAGCAGAACAUCGCCUACACGCCCCUCCUCGUGCCGGGCACUGUAUUUGCUGUCUUCUUCCUUCUCAACCUGUUCGUCUGGGCGCGUCAAUCUUCUGGAGCCGUGCCAUUCACCACCAUGCUCGCUCUCGUCAGCAUCUGGUUCCUCAUCUCCGUGCCUCUUUCUGUCGGCGGCUCAUGGCUGGGUUUCCGCGCUGCUGAGUCUACACCUCCUGUCCGUACCAACCAAAUUCCUCGCCAGAUUCCACCAUCGACUGGAUACCUACGUCCCUUGCCCUCUAUGCUUCUGGUCGGCAUUCUUCCGUUUGGAGCUAUAUUCCUCGAGCUGUACUUCAUCAUUAGCAGCAUCUGGUUCAGCCGUAUCUACUACAUGUUCGGCUUCUUGUUCCUCUGCUAUGGUCUCAUGAUUGUGACUUCUGCUGCUGUCACCAUCCUGAUGGUUUACUUUGCUCUCUGCGCUGAGAACUACCACUGGCAGUGGAGAGCCUUCUUCACUUCUGGCGCAUCUGCCAUUUACGUCUUCUUGUAUGCCAUGCUUUAUUGGGUGCGAGCAUUGAGUUUCACCUCUUGGACGUCGGGAGUGUUGUACUUGGGGUACAGUGCGUUGAUUAGUGCAUUGUGGUUUGUUCUGACUGGCACGAUUGGAUUUGUCGCCACGUGGGCAUUUGUGUAUAGGAUUUAUGGCUCGCUCAAGAUCGACUAA